AUGUCGUCAUCUGCUUCUAGGUCUUCUUCUUAUUCUAUUACCCGUGGGCGUGACCAUAACGCAUUAACACGCCUGCACUGUGCUAAUUUUGAAUUUAGAGCAAACAUAUCGAGGCUCAUAAUGGAGAAAAGUGGGAAUCCGCCGCCAUAUGGUUGGGGGAAUACGCACACAGUGCAGCCGCCGCCUGCCGCACCCCCGAGUUAUUCCCAGGCCGUAGGGGGUGUUGGACCGUCCAGCCCGUAUACACCGCAAUAUCCGCCGUCUUCGGGCCCUCAGAUCGUGACGACGGUGGUGCCAGUGGGCUCGCACCCCACCCACAUGAUAUGUCCGAGCUGCCACGCCGAAAUCGACACCGACACGCAAACGAAGCCGGGCCUAAUAGCUUACAUAUCAGGCGCAAUCAUAUUCCUAGUGGGAUGUUUCUGCGGCUGCUGUCUAAUCCCGUGCUGUAUAGACAGCUGUAUGGACGUGCAUCACAAAUGCCCCAACUGUGGCGCCUACCUCGGCCGCUUCCGCCGA